GCCACCGCCGCCGCCGUCACCGCUCCGGUGCCUCCGGUGCAUCCCCGUUAACGACGGGGGCUCCGUUGCCUCUCCCCGGGGUGCGCAACAGGAGGGCGGCCCCUGGAGCUGCGGUUACCGGUAACGGAGCCGGUGAGCGGUGAACGACCGGUCGGGACCGGCGAAGUGAACGCGCACCCGGCCGCCCGCCCGGGGCCGGGCAUGUGCGGCGGGGCGUCGGGCAGAGCGCCCGAGCAAGGGCGUUUGAAGGAAACGUGAGGCGGCGGCGGCGGAGGGAUGGACGCGGCACCGGGCAGGAGCCCCGAGCCUCGGGAGAAGCCGCCGGUGUUGGAUGGGGAAGCGACGGGAGCGGCCCCGGCUUCGCCGGUGGCGACGGAGCAGAUCGUGGCGGAGGGCGAGGCUGCGGCCACGGCGGCGGCGGCGACGGGCACGUUCGUGCAGCGGCAGCUCGGGGCCAUGCUGCAGCCCGCCGUGAACAAGUUCUCGCUGCGCAUGUUCGGCAGCCACCGGGCCGUGGAGAUCGAACGGCAACGGGUGAAGUCGGCCGGUGCCUGGAUCAUCCAUCCCUACAGCGACUUCAGGUUCUACUGGGACCUCAUCAUGCUGCUGCUGAUGGUGGGGAACCUGAUCAUCCUGCCCGUGGGCAUCACCUUCUUCAAGGAUGAGAACACCCCUCCCUGGAUCGUUUUCAAUGUGCUUUCGGACACUUUCUUCUUGGCUGACCUGGUGCUGAACUUCCGGACAGGCAUCGUGGUGGAGGACAACACGGAGAUCAUCCUCGAUCCGCACACCAUCAAGAUGAAGUACUUGAAGAGCUGGUUCCUGGUUGACUUCAUCUCCUCCAUCCCGGUGGAUUACAUCUUCCUCAUCGUUGACCUGGAGACGCAGGUGGAUUCUGAUGUCUAUAAGACGGCUCGGGCGCUGCGCAUCGUGCGCUUCACCAAGAUCCUCAGCCUGCUGCGGCUCCUGCGCCUCUCUCGCCUCAUCCGCUACAUCCACCAGUGGGAGGAGAUCUUCCACAUGACGUACGACCUGGCCAGCGCCGUGGUGAGGAUCUUCAACCUCAUCGGCAUGAUGCUGCUGCUGUGUCACUGGGACGGCUGCCUCCAGUUCCUGGUGCCCAUGCUGCAGGACUUCCCCGAGGACUGCUGGGUCUCCAUCAACCACAUGGUGAAUGACUCCUGGGGGAAGCAGUAUUCACAUGCACUCUUCAAGGCCAUGAGCCACAUGCUCUGCAUCGGCUACGGGCAGCAGGCACCGGAAGGCAUGACCGACGUGUGGCUCACCAUGCUGAGCAUGAUCGUGGGUGCCACGUGCUAUGCCAUGUUCAUCGGCCAUGCCACCGCCCUCAUCCAGUCCCUGGACUCAUCCCGGCGCCAGUACCAGGAGAAGUACAAGCAAGUGGAGCAGUACAUGUCCUUCCACAAGCUGCCUGGGGACACGCGCCAGCGCAUCCACGAGUACUACGAGCACCGCUACCAGGGCAAGAUGUUUGACGAGGAGAACAUCCUGGGGGAGCUGAGCGAGCCGCUCAAAGAGGAGAUCAUCAACUUCAACUGCCGCAACCUGGUGGCCAACAUGCCCCUGUUUGCCAACGCGGACCCCAACUUUGUGACAGCCAUGCUGACCAAGCUGCGCUUCGAGGUCUUCCAGCCCGGGGACUUCAUCAUCCGCGAGGGCACCGUAGGCAAGAAGAUGUACUUCAUCCAGCACGGGGUGGUCAGCAUCCUCACCAAGGGCAACAAGGAGACAAAGCUGUCUGAUGGCUCCUACUUUGGGGAAAUCUGCCUGCUGACCCGGGGCCGGCGCACGGCCAGUGUGCGAGCUGACACCUACUGCCGCCUCUAUUCCUUGUCUGUGGAUAACUUCAACGAGGUGCUGGAGGAGUACCCCAUGAUGCGCAGGGCCUUCGAGACCGUGGCCAUGGACCGGCUGGACCGCAUAGGGAAGAAGAACUCCAUCUUGCUCCGCAAACGAGCCGAGCACAGCUCGGGGCCCAUGAACACCGAGAUGAUCCAGCAGAUCGUGAAGCACGACCAGGACAUGGCGCACAACAUCCAGGACCUGCAGCACAUGGCCAUGGGCCGGGAGCUCAGCGGCAAGCCGGUGAUCUGGGAGCCGCUGGUGCACGCCCCGCUGCAGACGGCGGCCGCCACCACCAACGUGGCCAUCGCCCUGACCCACCAGCACAGCCUGCAGGCGCACAUCUUCCUGCCGCCCUCCUCCAUCGCCAGUCCGCUGUCCCCCGAGGCCACGCUGCUCCCCAAGCCCGUGCGCCGCUCGCAGCCCAGCCUGGGGGGCUCCCGACCCUCCUCCAUGAGCUCCCCGUCGGCGCCGCAGUCCCACCUGCAGACACCGGCCGCCGGGUCCCCGUCCUCGCCCAUGGUGCAGCCGCUGGAGGCCGCGGGGCAGAGACCCAGCCCCGGGGGGCGCCCGGCGCCCAAGGGGGACCCCGCGGCCAAGCAGCCCCCGGCCGGGGCUCAGCCGCAGCUCUCCCGGUCCCGCGGGGCCUCGGUGUCCACGUCGCUGCUGCAGCAGGCGGCCGGGGCUCCGUCCCCCAGCUCGGAGCAGGCGCUGCCGCCAGGGAGAACGCUGCACUACAGCCUGUCCCGAGCCAGCGGCUCCCACAUCUCGCUGCUGAUGCAGCCGCAGCAGCUGGUGAAGCACCGGAGCAUCCAGGGCCUGCCGCUGGGGAGGCUCACCCACGACGUCCGCCUCCUCUCCGCAUCCCAGCCCUCCCUUCCCAACAGAGUGGCCCAGCAAGGUGACGGCAGCUCCCUGCAGCAGGGCAGGAAGUCCGCGGGGAGCCUGGCUCGCCGCUCCUCGCCCUCGGUCGCCGGGCUCCUGGCUAAGCCGUGCCCGGGGGUGCCAGCCCAGCACCCGCAGCAGAUGCCUUCAGGAGCGCUGGCUCAACCCAGCCGCACCGUGGCCGGAGCAUCCACGCCGCAGUCCCCGGUGUCCGCGUCCCGGCAAGCGGCAGGUCCCUCCCGCAAGGGCUCCGUGGCCUUCAGCCCCGAGGUGGAAACGGGGAAGCCCAAACUCCAGUCCAACAUGUGAGUCCCGGGCACCGGCGGCACAGGCGGAGGGAGAGGUGAGAGGCAGCACCGAGGCUGUGGAGCGGCUGCUCUGGGUGUGGGGCAGCCCCUGGGGGAGGAGGGGCUCUGCCGACUGCCCCAUGGGUCCCACCCAGGCUCUCCCCUUGCUCCAUCACCACCCACCCUCCCCCUGGAGGCAGCAGGACGGGUGAGAGCGCUCGCCCGACUCCUGGGGAGCUGUGGGGUCUGUGCCCCAUCGUGCUCUGCCCUUGCUCCCCACUGCCCCCCUUGGGGCCAGGCCAGUGCUGAGGGCUCCUCCAGCUUGUCCUGUCACAGCAGGGGCUGCCACAGACCCACCUCGGGCCCCAGACAGCUCUGCCAGCACCUUGGCUUUGGGGAGAGGAAGGAGAGGCCCCAGUGCUGGGGGGCAGAGUGAGGGGUCCCGAGCCCAUGGCAGGAGCCAGGUCCCCCUCCCUGAGGCCCUGGAAACAGUGCCCAGACCUGGGGGUCCCGGGCAGGGUCCCCCUGGGGUGACGAGUGCCAGGCAGCAGAGCUGGGGGCAGAUGGGUCUCUCAUGGAGCAGCCCCUGGGUGCCUGUCCCCAUCCUGGGGGAGCAUCUUGCCUCCAUCAAGGGGUCCGGGCGCUGUGACCUGGCCCCUCUCCAUGCUCCGUCAAGGGGGCAGCCCUGGGGUGUCUGGAGGAGAUGCAGCACCCGGGCGAUGUGUGGGGCUGUGGAGCCGCCUCCUGUCACCCUGGUCUCUGUUUUGGGGGGCAGGAGCAUGGGUUCCCCAUGGCCAACCCACCCCACCCCUCAGGAGCCAGUAGUCAGCAAUGUGUGUUCAAGCUGUGGCUCUGCCCAGCCGCUGAGCUCUGCUUGCAGUGUCGCUUUGGGCCACCCGUGUUACCAGUCCUGGUUAAAGUAGUGUCCCCUCCCGUCCCCGCUGCGCAAGCUGCUUCCCACUACCGGGGUCAGGAACCAUGGCUUGGAGUGGUGCUCUGGGGCCGAGCAGGGCCCCGUGCAGCCGGCAAGGGCCUUGUGCCAUGUGCUCCUUCCUCAAAGUGAGGUCUUCAGUUCCCCCCUCUCGUUGUGGGAUGUGGGACCCGGUGCAGCCCGGCCGGGAUCCCUCCAGCGCACCCAGCGGAGGGGGUGUCCAGCACUGCCUUCUUCCCAUGGACCUCAGCCCUGUCCACAUCCCGCUCCAUCCCCAUGGUCGGUGUGUGCCCGGCAGCCCCUCGGGAAGGGGUCUGCGGCGGGGCCGUGUAGUCAGACGUUCCCAGGCUGUGUGAUGUAGAUGUGUUAACCCCAUCCUUAGGUGUUCUUGCAGAGCCCGGACGGCCCCGAGCUCAGCUCUGCCCCCGUUGCGGCCAGAGCCACCCCCGGUUGGAGGCAGGAGGGGCGGCCGGGGGUGCUGGUGUCUCUGUGGCGUGCGCGGGCACAAGUCUAAGGCACCAAAGACCACGCUCCUCCACUCGCACUCACUGCAGUCCAUGUACAGAGCUUGUAGUUUUCAUAUCGCAGAGGAUUUAAAAGCGUUUUUUUAUUUUUGGUCGUUGUACAUAAUGGAUUUAAAUAAUAAAGAGAGAUUCGGA